UGGAGCAGCACAGCUGAAACCCUGGCACUCUGCUGCAGCCUAACAUGGGAGCGGGCGCCUCCCUUUCCAUCUGUCAAUCGUUCUCCUCUAUACAAGUAAGGCACACAACAAAUAAAGUUUCACCAGAGCUACAGUUCAGCAGAGAAGGAAGCACAUUUGGUGUUCCUCUGGAAACACUUGUAGAGGAUGCAAAGCAAUGUGGGGUUCCUUCUCUUGUGGCACAGAUGGUGGAGUACCUGGAGGUAUUUGGUCUGGAGCGUGUCGGUAUAUUUCGGGUUGGUGGCUCAGCAAGUAAAAUCAAGGAAUUGAGGCAGAAGUACAAUCAAGGGGAAAAAGUAGACCUUAUUAAUGAUGGAGAUGUUGAUUCUGUGGCCAGUCUCCUGAAGCUCUUUCUGAAAGAACUACCAGUGGCUGUUUUUCCAGACAAUAUUUGCUCUGGCUUGCUAAAAACUUUCCAAGAGCACAAAAUCAACACAACAGAAUGCAUAGAGAACCUGAGACAAUUGCUCAGCUGCCUGCCCAAAGCCCAUCAAAACCUUCUUCAGUUCCUGUCUGCUUUCCUGUUAAAGGUGGCAACCUACAGUGCAGUGAAUUUCAUGACUCUGGAAAACCUGGCCAUCGUGUUUGGACCUGCUCUGUUCAAGAUUCCUGUCGGUCCCUUGGCUUGUGAAGAACAAAGUCUUUACAAUGGCCUCCUGCUGUAUUUGCUCCAGCACCAGGAGAUGCUUUUUGUUGACCUGGACCCUUGCUUCUCACAGAGACAAGCAGAUGGCCUUCAGGCAAGCAACACAGAAGAUGCAGGAGGGGACGAGCUCUCAUUGCUAAGCAUUCAGGAUAAGUCCUUCAACACGACAGCUUUAGCAGAGUGUGACGGGUAUUCAGACUCUGUGCAUGAAGAUCAAGCAGGCAGCUCCAGUCCCAGAGACGAUGAUAACAAAGAAAAUUACCCGGACAACUCUGCUGUCUUAGAGGAAAGGCAGCUGCCUUUGCAAGACACCCAGCAGCACAAGCAGCAGGUUUUAACUGACUGUGCUCUAAAGCCUGAAAUGGGUAACUUAAAGCUGAGGAAACCUAAGCCCAUUGCAAAGCUGGAAAAUGGAAAAAGCCACGAGGAAAGUCAGGAGCUGGAGUGUGCAUUGCCAGGCCUGUCAGAGUGGCAGGGGAAGGCUGGAUGCUCAGCUAAUAACUAUGCACAGAAUGUGGCUUUGAAAUGCCAGGAGGCAGUGGUGAGAUUGCAGCCAAGAAUAGAUCAGAGCACAAGCAUUUCACCAAAAGAAGCAACUGAUCAAUUUAACAGCUUAAAUGAGAAUUCUUUGUUGAAGCUGCAAGCCCUGGAAACUGAUCUGUGCUCUGCGUUUCUGCCAGCCCAGGAGGAAACUCCCCAGCUGCCGGCACCCAAGGACACAGCCCCUUCUCCAGCCCACAGCAGCGUGCAAGCUGAUGGGGCCAGUUGUGGAGAGCAAUAUCACUUCAUUUCUCCUAUUAUUGAUUUUAAUUUAAUGCAUCAGCAGAGAGAUAGCGAAGAGCCCGUGCCGGCGCACAGGGAGUGGCAGAAUGACAUGGAGAGCAGCCCACAGGAGCACCACUCGCUAGGGACCAGCCGACUGCUGUAUCACAUCACAGAUGGAGACAAUCCUCUCCUGUCACCACGCUGCUCUAUCUUUAGCCAAAGCCAGAGAUUUAACCUAGACACAGAGUCUGCCCCUUCUCCACCAAGUGCUCAACCUUUCAUGAUGCCAAGAAGUUCUGCCAGGUGUAGCUGUGAAGACUGCAAAGAACCACAGACAGUAACACAGCUUACCAAGCAUCUUCAGAGCCUCAAGAGAAAAAUUAGGAAGUAUGAAGAAAAGUUUGAGCAAGAAAAAAAAUACCUGCCUUCUCAUGGUGACAAGACUUCCAAUCCUGAGGUUCUGAAGUGGAUGAAUGCUCUGGCCAAAGGUCGGAAGCAGCUCAAAGAGCUUAAACUCAGAAUGUCAGAAGAGCAAAACUGUACCUCCACAGUGCCCCAAAGAAAUGAGCAGUGUGAAGGCAGUGGCACCUCUAAAGAGGCUGGCACACAGGAGGCCACCAGCAUGGAACCAGCUCCCUCAGUGGAAGAAACCAUGGACAGUGUGUUGAGACGACUAAAGGAGAAAAGACAACACUUCAACCUCCCUGAGACUAUUAAGGAUAUGACAAAAAAGCAAAUGGCUUUGGAAAAAAUCAAUCUUCAGAAAUGUCUACUAUAUUUUGAGAGUAUUCAUGGACAACCUGUAACUAAGCAAGAAAAGAGUCUCAUGAAACCUCUUUACGACAGAUACAGAAUUAUCAAGAAACUUCUGGCUGCUCCAUCUUUGAUCACAACAAUUCAGGAGGAAGAAGACUCAGAUGAAGACCAUUCUCAAAGCAGCCAUGAGUUAUCAUCUGGCCCAAUGUCUUGCUUCCCUGUUGAAGAGCACCUGUGUUACUCACAGGAGGAGAGUGAGCCUGCACAUAUUUCACCUCUGGAUGAAAAGAAAGUUUACAGGCAAACAGCCUUGUCAAUGUCCAAUUUACAUGAAGCAACAAUGCCAGUUCUGCUUGAACAUCUCAGAGAAACAAGAGCUGAUAAGAAGAGACUUCGCAAGGCUCUCCGAGAGUUUGAGGAGCAGUUCUACAAACAGACAGGAAGGAGUCCUCAGAAAGAAGAUCGGGUACCAAUGGCUGAGGAAUACUCUGAAUACAAGCACACAAAAGCCAAAAUCAGGCUACUGGAGGUUCUCAUCAGUCUUGGUCUGCUGCACGAUUAUUUGACACACUGAGAUUUUUGAUGCACUUUACCAAUUAUAAUAGCUGUGAUGAGAGAGGACAGCAAUAUGCAAGAAUAUUAAGCACGGGUGAGUGGAAUAUAGUAUAUAUUUUUCCUUUUGAAAAAGCCUUGAAGUGCACUGUGAGAAUGUUAAGAAAUUAAAGGGAUGCUGAAGUAAUGUAGAUUCUCAGUUUGACCUGCUCUAAAAGUGUGAGGAAAUGUUCUGCAGGUUUUUAGUACAUCUUAGUACAUGCUAAAGUGCCACAAGUUUGUUUCCAGAAUUAACAUGUGUUAUAAUUAAUUAGUAAUGUUGGCUAUUAGGGUGCUGAUGCACUAGAUUAAAAGAAAUGAAUUUGAGUGAGUGAAGGAAACACUCAGAACAUACUCUAGCUGUCAAAACAGAGCUGCCAUUCAAUUCCAGUGGCUUCAAAGAAAGGUGCAUAGGAAGAAGCAGUGCCAGGGCUGGGAGCAGAGCAGUGAAGCUGCUUAGGCAGGAAAAGGCCAGAAUGAGACUGCCAAACAGAACUAGUGGUGUUACAGGAAUAAGAGAAAGUGCUUGGCAAAAUGAAACAGCUGCAGGUUGCUGAGAGAAGAUGGAACAAAUGUACUGGCUGCUGUCCUUUUCACUAGUUCACAGGACUUGGCUCACAGAAUUUAGAAGUCAGUAAAUAGAUCAGCUACAUGGUUAUUUUGAUUUCUCUAUCAACCUUUGCACUUGGGUUUGCCUGACGCUAUAACAUUUGCUUCUCUAACUACCAAAGCUCGUUUAAACGCAUGCACUUUGUAAAAUGUUGAAGUACUUCUUGUGUUAUAAAUUGCCACAUAUAUCUAUAAAACAGGACUAGAUUACUGCAUUAUGCUAAGAUAUUUUGGAUAGAUAAAGUACAUGGUAUAUAAGUGAGUGUCACAGUUAUCUGAUGAGGACUGCUAGACUUCUUGUUUACUGAAAAUAUGGUUAUAAAAAGUUAUUUUUCCAUUGGAGUUACGCAUCUUUCUUAACUUCCAGAGCAUCACACUUUGUAAUAUUAAGAAGAAUUGUCACUGUUUAUGGUAGAUCAUUCGUGUGAAAAGUGGGACUAGUAAUAGAAAGAUUAUCAGCAGGUUUUGUACUAGCAAUGAAAAGCAGGGAUUCUGGGAAAUUCCUACCCCAGACAGAAAGAAGGGAAGAACUACUUAAAGAAAAAAAAGGGACUGGAACCAGUUGAAUCAUGUUUAGUGUUUUGCUUUACCUGUCAUUUUGUAUUGACCACAUAGUAUAAGCAACUUGUUUUUUAUCUUGGUAAGAAGAAGAAGAUUUUGAUUUUAUAAAG